AUGGUUGAUCGGGAUUUCCUUUUUCGAGUAUUGGAAAGGUUUGGUUUCUCCCCUCAUUGGAUUAACUUUUUGAAGGCAUGUAUUGAUGGACCAUGGAUAUUUGUAUUAGUAAAUGGGAGCCCGCAAGGUUUUUUCCAAUUGUCUAGAGGUUUGUGGCAAGGUGAUCCACUCCCUCCCUUUGUCUUUAUUCUUCUGGCAAAGGUUUUGGGAAGAUUUAUUCGACAUAUGAGAAGUGAGGAUAAGUGGAAAGGAGUUCAUGUUGCGGCUGGUGUGGACGCGGUCACUCAUCAACAAUUUGCAAAUUACACAAUUCUUUUUGGAGAUGCCUCGCUUAGGGAGGCACGCAUCAUUAAAAAAACUCUUGAUGUCUUUUGUGAUGCGUCAGAUCAACAGGUAAAUUGGGCCAAAUCGGAUAUUUUCUUUUCUAACACAGAUUUGAGGAAGCAGAGGGAGAUUGCUAGGAUUUUGGGUGUCAAGGUUGGAACUCUUCCGAGCAGGUUCCUGGGCACUUUGCUGUUUGGGGGACCAAAUCGGAUGAGUAUGUUGCAAAGACUGAUGGACAGUUGUGUUAAUAAAUUAGAAGGCUGGAAGAGUAAGUGGCUCACGUCGGCUGGCAGGUUGUUGUUGCUAAAAUCGGUUUUAUCUGCAAUGCCUAUUUAUUCUAUGAUGUGUUUCAAAGUCCUUGAGAAAAUUGUAAGGAGUAUUAACCAGUUUAUGAGGUUUUGGAAUGGCAAGAGUGAGCAAGAUAAAAUCCCGCUGGUUGCAUGGGAUAAAGUCUGUCAACCAAAAUUGGCAGGGGGUGCAGGUCUUAGAAAUUGGAGCUUGUUGAAUGAAGCAAUGGGUGCAAAACUAAUAUGGCAAAUGUAUGAAAAACCAGACAAAAAAGGGGUCCAAAUCCUGAAACACAAGUAUUUGGAUUCGAAUGAUAGGGAAAGGAUUUUCACAGUCCGUGACCCUCCGAGAGGGUCGGCGAUAUGGAAUUUUUUGUUGUCUUGUAGGAAAGUGAUUACAGAUCAUAUCACAUGGCAAUUAGGGAAUGGGGAGAAAGCAAUUUUCUGGACGGAUUCGUGGGAUGGCAGACCUUCCUUAUCAUUACGGGGAGAGGUAGGUCAAAUCAGACUUGUGACUGAAGCACAUUGGGGCUAUAAAGUUAGAGAUUAUUUGGUUAAAGUGAGAAGUAAUGGAGUGGAUGAGUGGAAAUGGAAGGAUGUUGAUAUGUUACCGUUAUCUCCUCAGUGA